AUGGAAUUAAUUUGUACAAAUUAUUUAUGUAAUUCAUCUUCAUCAUUAAUACGCCCUUUGCUUAUUCAACCCCAAGCCCCCAGCCUCUCCAAAUUGAAUUUUAGAGCAAGAAAUACCAUUAGGAGUGUAACUAGAAGUCAAGCCCAGAAUGGAAAUUCGUUGGUACAACUCGACAGGCAGAGUUUUAGUACAAGCAGUAACAGCGCUUUGGAGCAGUUGGAUAUUGAACGCGGUGUUUGUGUUCCCUUCCGCAAGUACACCCCCGAAUCAGUGAGGAACAAAGUGUUGGAAUCAAGAGGGGCAGUAUUGUCAUUGAUUGGUAGAGGAGUAGAGAUAGUCUGGAAGCUGGGGCUCUAUUGGUCUGCAUUAGUGUAUGAUUAUUCCGUAGGUCGUGAUGAAGAGGUUGUUCCAUUUCGUGCUCGACAGCUUCGAAAUCUCUUGUGUGAUUUGGGCCCUUCUUUCAUCAAAGCUGGACAGGUGCUUGCAAAUAGACCAGAUAUUAUUAGAGAAGAUUAUAUGAAUGAACUUUGCAUUCUUCAAGAUGAUGUUCCUCCUUUCCCUAAUCAGGUUGCCUUUGACAUCAUAGAAGAGGAAUUAGGCCAACCCCUCGAAGCUAUGUUCAGCAAAAUUUCAUCAGAGACAAUAGCAGCUGCAAGCUUGGGUCAAGUUUAUCGAGCUACUCUCCGUGCCACUGGAGAGGAUGUUGCUAUUAAGGUGCAGAGGCCUGAAAUAGAGCCUAUUAUAUAUCGAGAUCUGUUUCUUUUCCGUACCCUGGCUUCGUUCUUGAAUGGCUUUAGUCUUCAAAAACUGGGAUGUAAUGCGGAGCUUAUAGUUGACGAAUUUGGUGAGAAGCUUUUGGAGGAGCUUGAUUAUACCUUGGAGGCCCUUAACAUUGAAGAUUUUUAUGCAAAUUUCAAAGAUGAUCCUACGGUUAAAAUUCCUUGGGUUUACAAGCAGCUUUCUGGUUCACGUGUGUUGGUAAUGGAGUGGAUUGAUGGAAUUCGAUGCACCAAUCCUCAGGCCAUCAAGGAUGGAGGAAUUGAUGUGGGUGGUUUUUUGACCAUUGGAGUAAGUGCUGCUUUGCGGCAGUUGCUGGAGUUUGGUCUAUUUCAUGGUGACCCACACCCGGGAAAUAUUUUCGCUAUGCGUGAUGGACGUAUUGCCUAUGUGGAUUUUGGAAAUGUAGCUGUGCUCAGUCAGCAAAAUAAACAAAUUUUGAUAGAUGCUGUUGUCCAUGCUGUAAAUGAGGACUAUGCUGAGAUGGCCAAUGAUUUUACCAGGCUGGGUUUUCUAGCUAGUGACACUGAUGUGUCACCUAUUGUUCCAGCAUUGGAAGCAAUUUGGCAAAAUUCUGUUGGAAAAGGACUGGCAGACUUCAAUUUCAGAAGUGUUACAGGCAAAUUUAACCAACUAGUUUAUAAUUAUCCCAUCCGGAUUCCAGAGAGGUUUUCUCUUGUAAUCCGUUCUUUAUUGACUCAAGAAGGCAUCUGUUUCACACUGAAGCCAGAUUUUAAAUUUCUUGAGGUUGCCUAUCCAUACGUGGCAAAGCGCCUCUUGACAGAUCCUAAUCCCGCAUUACGUGAACGGCUUAUUCAGGUUCUGUUUAAAGACGGUGUUUUCCAGUGGAAACGACUUGAGAAUCUAAUUACUCUAGCAAAAGAAAAUGUCGCGAAAAUGAGCAGCAACCCUGCAUUGAAAGGAAAUAACACGCGGCAAAGGUCUAGAGAGUUACAAGUCGUAAAGAAAUUGGACCUCACAGACACAAUCAAGGAUGGGGCCCGGCUUUUCCUAAUAGAUGAAGGAAUUCGUAGGAAGCUUCUUCUUGCUUUGACGGAGGAUUCCAAACUUCAUGUUCAAGAGCUUGUAGAUGUGUAUAGACUGCUCGAGGACCAAAUAGAUGUGCCUUCAGUAGCUUUGCAAGUAGCACAGGAGUUACCAUCUGUUGCUCGGGAUGCAAUUCUCUCCUGGAGUGCCUCUGUCUUAUCAGAUAGAUAA